AAAUUCUUAAAAUUCUCCUUCUGUAGCAGCAGUUCUGGUGCAAGGCAAACUAACAGUGCAUCGGGAGAGCAAAGAUCUGGAGGAUCUAUUGCGGAAGGCGCUCACGGCCGGGUUCAACUGGUUAUGGUGGGUUUUCCGGGCUCCACGGCCGCACAAACCCGGAAAACCCACCACAAUCUGGAGAAUCAUUUCCGGGAGAGGAAGCUCCCUGUCUUUGCUGGAAAACAACAGAAGCGAAAGUGGACUUUGCAACUCCCCCAUCCUGCAGCCGAGGCAGCCAUGGCGACUGGGGGUCCGGUCCAAGAGCUCUGCGAGGAACUCACCUGUCCCAUCUGCCUGGAGUAUUUCAAGGACCCGGUGAUGCUCACGGAGUGCGGGCACAAUUUCUGCAAAGCCUGCCUGCCCCGCAGGUGGGAGGAGUCCGUCCAGGAGAUCUCCUGCCCUGAGUGCAGAGGAGCCAUUCAGCCAAGAAACAUUAAGCCCAACCGGCAGCUGGCAAAUGUUGUCGAGAUUGCCAAGAAACUCAGUCCUCAGGGUGGUAGGGAGGAGGAGGCGGCGAAGAAGGCUCCGAACUUGCAAGAAGGAAAGCCGAGAACUUGCGAGAAACACCAGGAGGCCCUCAAGCUCUUCUGUCAAGGGGAUCAAGCCCUCAUCUGUGUGGUCUGCGACAGAUCCAAGGAGCACAGAUAUCACGAUGUGAUUCCCGUGGAAGAGGCUGCCCAGAAGUAUAAGAGUAUGUUAUAUGGCUACAUUGAGAUUCAGAGGAAGGAGAGGAAAAAAAUUAUGGCCUGUAAAGCAGACAGAGACAAGCAAAGCCAAGACCAGCUGAAGCGAACACAAUCUGCGAGGAAGAAGUCAGUAACUCAGUUCAGGAAACUACACCAGUUUCUGGAGGAACAGGAGCAGCUUCUGUUGACCAAGAUAGAGGAAGCAGAGAAGGAGAUUGCAAGAGAAAGGGAGGACUACCUUGCCAGACUCGCUGCCCAACUUUCCUCUGUUGAAAUGGUCAUCCAGGAGAUGGAAGAGAUGGCUGUCCAGCCAGCGACCGAAUUCCUUCAGGAUGUCAAAGGCUCCUUGGAGUGGUAUGCGGAGAUAGAAGAGUUUGGAGAUUCAUUCACUCCUAAUCUGGGUCUGAUGGGGAGGAUCGACAAAUUUGACCACAUAACCUGCUUUUUGGAGGCCAAUCUGCCACAAUUCAAAGAUACCCUGGCAUCUGAGCUUCAGCUGCAGAAAGCUGGAGGAUCCUGGGAGCGGAUGAACAAGCGAGGUGUGGCGCGUCCAUUAGUAGAUGAUAAUCCUGCUCCUUCAGGAGAAGUUCCUUUGAUCAAGAGCCCCAAGGGGUUUUCCUUGGCGCCCACCUGCUGCCUGACCUUUGAUACCCCAGCGCAGCUUCCAAAGGCACUCUUCAAUGAAAAAGUUGAUGUGACUCUGGAUCCUGACACGGCUCACCCGCUGCUCCUCCUGUCUGAAGAUCGGAAGAGCAUGAAACUGCGAAAGGAGCCUCUAUGUCUGCCCAACAAUCCUAGGAGAUUUGAUAAAGAAACGAUGGUGUUGGGGCGCGAGGGGUUCAGAUCAGGCCUACGUUUCUGGGAAGUCACUGUGGGGUGUGAGGGAUGCUGGGCUGUGGGGGUUGCCAGGGAGUCUGUGAGGAGAAAGGGCGCGAUCACCAUCUGUCCUGGGCAAGGGAUCUGGGCUUUGGCGAAACUGGGUGAGGCUUACUUGCCUCUCUCUGAUGCUCAGGCACAUUUUCUUAACCUGGAGAGGAAGCUAAAAAGGAUCCAAGUGUGUCUGAACUAUAAGUUAAAGCGCGUGGACUUUUAUGACCUCGACACAGAGGAGCUUCUUUACACAUUCUCAGAUGCCUUCUUCUGUGACGAAAUGCUUUUCCCCUUCUUUUGGAUUUUUCAAAAUGGCAACCUCAGCCUUGCUUAGAAUUGCAGUGCUGGGGCUACUUUGUGAUUCACUGAAUGCGUUGGAGACUCAGUGGUGCCUUGUAAUCCGUAUGUGUGUUCUCUUACCUUGCUAUUUUGCUCCCUGCCCCAUCCCAGUAGUGUCUUUGAGUAAACAUGCUUGACAGUUCUGAGGAGAACAUCUUUGGGUCUUACUCUUUCUCCACUUUCUUGACCUCUGAUCUGAGCUGCACUGUUUGGCAUCCUUUCCUUCACUUCACUUAAGUCAGGCAGCCUUCUCCCACCCCCGGCAGUUACAGAUAGUUUUGAAGGCUACACCAGCCCACAUAAGUGACCACACUAUCUUGUGCUUGUACACACCCACUUUGAAGGCAGAAAACAUAGCUUCCAAUCUUUUCCAGUCAUUGUCUCUCAGCUUAACACAUCCAGCUGGCCUCUACCGGGGCCAGGGCUUUUACGGCCCUGGCCCCGCUCUGGUGGAACAGGCUCUCAAGGGAGACCAGGGCCCUGCGGGACUUGCAAAGUUUCCACAGGGCCUGUAAAAUGGACCUGUUCCGCCAGGUAUUUGGCCAGCUGGGUCGAGUGUGAUCCUGUUCCAUCUAGGCCUGCGGUGGGCUCAAUUGGGGGGGGGGGGAGUGGGGUUUUUAUCGCCAUCUGUCUGAUGUAGUUCCUAUUUAUAGUUUUAUAUGUAUAGUUUUAUUGGCUGUUGUUAUGGGUUUUAAUGUUGUUUAAAUAUUAUAUUGUUAAUAUUUUUAUGUUGUUCACUGCCCUGAGCCCCUUGGGGGAGGGCAGCCUACAAACUUAAAAUGUAAACAAAUAAAUAACCUAUUUCACAGGAUUGCUGUGAAGCUAAGAAGCCCCUCUGCAUCCUCCUUGGAUCUACUUAGGGGGCAAAAGGGGGAUUACACAAAGAAUAGUCAAACCAAUUCAGCGCCUGCAGUCCCUUCUGUGCAGGGAGCAAUCCCUAUUGUUCUCUGUACAUGCUUAGAGGUCUCUUGUUCUUCCUUGGGUUCCAGGCUUCUGUCUGUUCGGUACAAGGGGAAUAUUCUGCUCUGUGUGCUGCACGGAGGAUUGCAGGAAUAUCAUGCUAAGCAGGAAGAGUUU